ACAAAGAAGAGACGAGAAGCGAAAACAAAAACCCAAAUCACAUGGCGGAGGUAUUGUUUGGCGUUUCACAGUCCUCUCUUCUGCUCCACCCCAAGAUCGGAUUCUCUUGCGGGAGAGCCAUUUCUCCGGGACUGCCAUCUCCGCCAUCGAAUCCCGUCGGUACAGCCAGAUAUCAGCUGUUCGGGACUUCCUUUGGCAGUUCUCGCCUUCGCUCCGUACACCGAAAUCCUCUCUGCGCUGCGAUCGUCUCCGACACCAAAGCGUCCAACACUUUCACCGUCGACUCGGAGAACAAGGAGGUAGAGAUUGAGUCGGGCACCGGCGUUGAGUCGGACACCGGCGGUGGCGACGGUGACGGAUUCGGUGAUCGCGGCGACAGCGGUGGAGGCGGAGGCCGUGGAGGUGAUAGUAAUCGCGAUAAGGGUGACGGUGACGGCGAAUCGCACGAGAAGAGCGAGAAGAAGAUGGCGUUGUCGAUGUCUCAGAAGUUGACUCUCGGAUAUGCUGCCCUCGUUGGAGUUGGUGGUCUUAUGGGCUAUUUGAAGAGUGGCAGCCAGAAGUCUUUAUUGGCAGGGGGAAUAUCAGCCUCACUACUCUACUAUGUUCACACUCAGCUUCCUACUAACCCCGUCUUCGCAUCAACUCUGGGGCUUGGCUUGUCUGCUGCACUGCUAGGAGUGAUGGGUUCUCGUUUCAAGAGUUCGGGGAAGAUAUUUCCAGCAGGUGUCGUUUCCCUCGUCUCGCUUGUAAUGACUGGUGGCUACUUGCACGGGAUCCUGCGCAGUGCUCACUGAAAAGGUGCAUAAUGUUCAAUGUUGUAUGUUAGCUGAUAGCAGUGACUUCUUAAAAGUUCUUAAAUUCCAAACCAUAUAUGCUGGAUUUUGUAAUCAGUGUUAUGGCUUGUAGACUUCUAAUGCUGUGUAGACUUAUUUUGUAAGAUGUUGUUUUUAUCGAUCCGAACCCUUUUUUGGAGUAUAAUUCAGUCUUGCGUUGUUGUA